AUGUCUACAGUCUGCAGAGAUUUGCUGCGUUUGUUGGAUAGCGAAAAGAAUUACGAUGUUCUUCUCUGCGUGGGUGAGGAAGGACAUACAAAAGAGUUCAAAGCACAUUCGCACAUUCUAUGUGCACGUUCGACUUAUUUUGCUGCUUUUGGUGAAGAAUGGGCAAAGAAAGAAGAUAACAAGUAUAUUCUCAACAAACCAAAUGUGACUCCUGCCACUAUGGAUUUUAUUCUGAGAUAUUUGUACGGUGGCGUGGUCGAUUUUGCCUCUCAACGUGCAUCAGUUAUUUUUGAUGUAUUGAUGGCUACAGACGAGUUGGAAUUAUUGGAGCUAUUGAAUGAUACACAGCAGUACAUUAUAGAGAAGAAAGAUGAAUUCUUGAGCGAUAAUCCGGUUAAAAUUCUUGGGAAAAUCUGGCUUCACGAAGCUUUUAUUCCUUUACAAUCCAUCUUAAUACACUUUCUUCAAAGAGAUGACUUGGGCUUACCAGAAGUAUUUAUCUGGCGCAGGCUGCUAGAGUGGGGCAUAGCACAAAACCACGAGUUAACUUUGACGAGCAAUAUUAGCAGCUGGACGAAGGAAAAUUUUGUAACCCUAGAAAAGACGUUGCGUCAAUGUCUUCGUCAUAUUAGAUAUUACAAUUUCGAACUGAAAGAAUUCUGUGAGAGCGUUAUGCCGUACAGAAAAUUGAUCCCUAAAGAUAUUAGGGACGAUGUCAUUCAGUAUUAUAUAGUCCCAGAAACGAGUAUGUCUCAAUGGAAGCCUCGAACAGGCACAAAAUAUUGCGACUCUGUUAUCAUAAAAAGAACAAAGUUUGACCUAAUUUCCUCGUGGAUCGACACAGACAAAUAUUUUACGCGUAAGAGAUUUUGA